AUAGAUAUAUUAAAUUAUAGUAUAUAUAUAAAUAGUAUUGAUAAAUUUUCAAUAAUAUGUGAGAUAGAUAUUUUUUGGCAAUAUUCACAACCGGACUCUGCAUUCCCUGUCAUAAGGAUUACCUGGUAUUGCCAUAUUAUUUUAAAUGGGAACGGCUUUGCGUUUAGUGAACUUGUGACUGGCUAUGGACUAUAUUUCUUUAUUACUCACUUAUGGUAUUUACUAACUCUGUACCACAUACCAGUAUUCGAUUUGGUAAUUCUCAUAAAAUUUUAAUAUAUGUAAAUAUUUCUUUUUCUAAUUUUCUUAGUGUAUCCGCAUGCUUAAGUAAUUUUUCUUAAGUUUCUUGCAUUUUUAUUUUAUUAUAUCUAUGCCUAGUCUGUACCUUGCUUUUUUUCGUUUGGUUUCACUUAUACUUCGAUUAUGCCCUAGUUUACACUAUCCUGCCAUCAGUUUUUUUAUUCAUUUUCUCAAUUCAUUCAGACGGUUGGGCCAACUUACAUCAUUUACCCAAUACAAAUGUAUUUAAAUUCUCACAAACUAAUAUUUAUAACCACCGGACCUUGAAAUAUUUUCUACACAGCUUCAGCAGCCAAUACUAUCAAUAACACAGCUAAUGCUAAGCUCUGGCGGCUACUUUGCAAACAAGAGAGAAAUUCUUAAAUUCAAGGACACGAAGGUUUAAUAACUAACCACAGAAAAUUUACUUCCCACCCCAUCUCCAAGAAAUGUAAUUGUGAUAACAAAAUCUUUUUCAUAUGUAAAUAAGUCUUCUUGGAUUGAGAAUGCAACCUACAGACUGCUGGACUGACAGACUUACUUCAAAGUUGCAAACGAAACAAACUUUCCACUUGGUUUAAGAAUACAGGAGUUCGAUAAUACGACUCCAAAACUUAUAAAUAAGUGAAAAAGGCUGACCUCACAGUACUGCGUCUGAUGUUUAUCUUUUUCAGUGCUGAUUUGCUGCAUAUUUGGCAUAUAUCAACACUUUUGAACGGUUUCUUUAGCCUGCUAAUGGAAUAUUUUUUGUCAGUUUUAGAGACUAAGAAUUUAAGAAUAAUACUGGAUUAAAAAAAUGGCUCAUCUUGAUAAAAUAUUUUCCUAUAUUGACGAACAUCAAGAGGUCUAUGUCAAGAGAUUGGCAGAGACUGUCGCGAUACAGAGUGUAUCCGCCUGGCCAGAAAAAAGACCCGAAAUUACGAAGAUGGUGCAUUAUGUUGCAGAUUGGAUAAAGAAGAUAGGUGGGAAUGUAGAGCUUGCGGAUGUCGGAAUGCAGACCCUACCAGAUGGAAGUAAAAUUCCGCUCCCUCCUAUCAUAUUGGGAAAUCUAGGUGCAGAUCCAAAGAAGAAGACAGUAUGCAUAUAUGGUCAUCUUGAUGUUCAACCAGCAAAGAAAGAUGAUGGGUGGGACACAGAACCUUUUGUUCUAACAGAAAUCAACGGAAAAAUGUUUGGCCGAGGUUCCACUGAUGACAAAGGGCCUGUUCUGUGUUGGCUCAAUUGCAUUGAAGCUUAUCAAGCGUUAAAACAAGAUAUUCCAAUCAACAUUAAGUUCUGCUUUGAAGGAAUGGAGGAAUCUGGUUCGGAAGGUCUUGAUGAUCUAAUAUUUUCGAGAAAGGAUUCAUUUUUCAGUGAUGUGGAUUAUGUCUGUAUAUCAGAUAACUACUGGCUGGGAAAGAACAAGCCAUGCAUUACAUAUGGCUUGCGUGGAAUCUGUUACUUUUUCUGCGAGGUACAAUGCGCUACAAAAGAUCUUCAUUCAGGUGUUUUCGGAGGUAGUGUACAAGAAGCAAUGGCAGAUCUCAUUGCUAUCAUGAAUUCGUUGGCUGAUAAGAAUGGAAAGAUCCUUAUUCCUGGCGUUAAUGAAGCAGUUGCUCCGGUAACAGAAAAAGAGAAGGAGCAAUACAAGACCAUCGAUUUUGAUCCAGUGGAUUACAUAAAAGAUCUUGGGGCUGAGAGGCUUCAUCACUCAACCAAGGAAGAAAUUCUCAUGCACAGAUGGAGAUUCCCUUCUCUGUCCCUUCACGGCAUUGAAGGAGCUUUUGACGGCUCUGGUGCAAAAACCGUGAUACCCAGAAAAGUCAUUGGAAAGUUUUCGAUUCGUCUUGUCCCCGAUCAAUUGCCUGAGCAAAUAGAGAAGGAUGUUAAGGCUCAUGUGAACAAGGUGUUUGCCGAACGUGGUAGCUCAAACAAGCUCUCUUUAACAAUGGGGCAUGGCGGAAAACCAUGGGUUUCAGAUCCAAAUCAUCCUCAUUACGUGGCUGGAAGGAAAGCUGUGAAAAAAGUUUUUGGCAUCGAACCAGAUCUUACAAGAGAGGGAGGCAGCAUUCCUGUCACUCUUACAUUCCAAGAAGCAACUGGAAAAAAUGUAAUGUUGCUUCCCGUUGGUGCUUGUGAUGAUGGUGCUCAUUCCCAAAAUGAGAAGUUGGAUCGUUCUAAUUACAUCAAUGGAGUCAAACUGCUUGCUGCGUAUUUCCAUGAAGUAUCCCAGCUAGCAUAGAUUCAUGCUAUGAACCAUAUUAAUCCACUCACCUAUAUGCCUAUGAAUCCAUCAUAAAUGCAAUUCCAUGUAUUUACUUUUUCAUUAAUUCAUUGCCUAAGAUUUAUGCAGAAUAUGGAGCAUAAUUUUCAUCUUCUUCAUUCCGCCGUUUAUCAUUGUUUUGAUCUAUGUAUGUUUAAUUUUGCCUUCAGUGUUUUAUGUCUAAUAAUACAGUUUGUUACUGAUUGAAAUUAUUUACCAAGUUCAGAGAACAGAUGUUUUUUCAUAUUACUUUCCCACUGUUUCAGCCAUUUGCCCCCAGAAAAACAUCCCAUGAUCAUGCUUGAGUUCUACUUCUAGCUGAUACAAACUGAUUAUCAUCAGAUUAUUAUAUACAUAUAAUCAAUUCUUCAAAGAUAAAAAAUUGUUAUUUAGUUAGAUGUCAGACCAAUAUGAACUUUAUUGCAGGUUUUCUCAAGUUGAUUUGAAAAUAGGCUGAGCACUUACAUAAAAGUCAAAAAUCAAUUUUAGUUUGUUUCCUUGUUAAAUGGCCUGUAAUCUAAAUGAGCUGUCUAUUGCAGAUAUAUCUAAGCCUACAUACGGACAUGAACUUGAUCGGGCUUGUAGUAUUUGGUUUGGAGCAGUAAUAAAGAUUGUUGUACAGAAUUGGAGUUGAAAAUAUGAAUUGAAUGCUGUGAACUUGCAAUUUUUCAUCUUGUUGAACUUCUCUAAAGUUUCUGAUCGACAUUUUUAUAUUACUGUAUUCUUUUGACUUUGAUUUCUACCAAAAACUUGUAAAUUUUGUUAUUACUUAUAUUUGAGUUAAAAUUUGUAUAUUUGGUGCAGCAUUACUGCAUAUUACUAUGUGAUAACAGAUUAAUAUUUUUGAAUUUUCAUUUCCAGUUCCAUUUUCCAAUACUGUUGAACUGAAACACUCUCGAAAGGAUUCAUAUGACUUCCUGACAUGUUGUUUAAUUUUGAUACACUCCUAUGAAAGUCUUUAUUAAUAUUAUAUGUUCACAAUAUUUCAAAUUAAAAAAAAAACAAUAGAUAAUUCUAAAUAUAGCUGUAUUGAGCUUUUUGAUUUUAUUUCUAUAUUACAGGCUAAUUUGCCAUGUAUUUCAUUAUGAUUGACUCGUUUAGUGUUAGUGUGCAAGUAGAUUUAAUUAUAGAUAAUGUUCAAUUUCUUUUUGAUUAGUUAUAUUUAGUUUUAUAUUAGUGAUGGUUUGUUAGUGACCAAACUAUUAAAUGAAAAAGAAGUUCCAACAUGGUGUGAUUUUGUUUGAUAUUCCAGAAAUGGAAGGUCUUAAAGAAGAAUACAAGAAUGGCUAAUGGAAGUGAAUAUUAAUAACUGAGGGCAUAAGAAAUUUGAUUCUAGUCUAUUUCAAAUCUGAAAGUCUUUCAGAAUUUAGGAGAUGGAAGUGCACACACAAUUGCAUGGUGUUGUUUCAAGGAUACUCAUUUACCAAGCCAUCAAAUUUCUAUUAUUUCGUUCAAUCACUAAUAUUCAAACACGUCAUAAAAAUGUUCUUUGUUUGUUUUCGUCAAAGAGCUCAUUGCUUGACCUAGCUGAAGCAUAGUGUGCUGAGUGUUCAAAAAAUGUCCACCAGUAUGUCACAUCUGAAAGAUAUUUUUUCCUACAUCGGCAAGAUGUGUAUGUUAAAUGACUUGCUGAUGCGGUAGCCAUAAAGAGCAUAUCUGCGUUUCCAGGCAUGAGAGAAUGAUAAACUACAUUGCUGACUGGAUAAAAGAUUUAGGUGGAAAUGUCGAGAUUUGUGAUGUGGGAAUGCAAACAUUGAAUGAUGGGACCUGGAUUUUAUUACCUCCUGUGAUUCUAGGAAAGAUGGGUUCUGAUACCACUAAAAAAAUUAUUUGUGUGUAUGGUCAUCUUGAUGUACAACCAGCAAAAAAAGAGGAUGGAUGAGACACUGAACCAUUUCCGCUUACUGAGAUGGAUGGGAAGUUGGUUGGUAGGGGUGCUAGUGAUGAUAAAGGCCUAGUUUUGUGUUGGUUAAAUUGUAUUGAAACUUAUCAUGAGUCGAAAUGCCGGUGAAUGUUCGAUUUCGUUUUGAAGGGAUGGAAGGGUGUGGUUCUAUAGGACUUGAUAAUAAAUUGAAUCGCGAAAAGAAUUAUUCUUUAAGGAUGUUGAUUAUAUAUGUAUCUCUAUUCUCUGAUAACUAUUGGGUCGGAAAGGAAAAGCCUUGCAUUACUUAUGGCCUGGGAGGUUUGCUAUACUCCGCUUGUGAAAUUCAAUGUUCAAGCAAAGAUCUUCAUUCUGGAAUAUAUGGAGGAAGUGCAUGAAGCAAAGACAGAUUUGAUAGCCAUUAUGGAUUCACUCACAGACUCAAAUGGCUCCAUUUUAAUAUCUAGUGUAAAUGACUCUGUUGCCAAAGUAACAGAUGAUGAGAAAUGCUAUUGAUUUUGAUGCAACACUUUUUAAUAAAGAAAUAGGCGCUAAUAAACUACUUCAUGAUACAAAUGAGGACAUUUUAAUGCACAGAUGGCGUUACCCUUCUUUAUCCUUGUAUGGUAUUGAAGGUGCAUUUGAUGGAUCAGGAGCCAAAACUGUAAUACCAAUUAAAGUAACUGGGAAAUUUUCAAUUAGAUUAGUUCCUGAUUAAGAUAUUGAUCAAGUUGAGGUGGCUGUUACACAUCAUAUUAAAAGUGUGAUGCAAAAUCGCAAGAGUCAAACAUAUUCAAUAUCUACAUUUUGCAACGUGGAAAACCUUGGAUUGCAGAUCCGAAUCAUCUUCAUUUUAUUGCUGGAAGAAAUGCAGUAAAAAGAAUUUAUGGAAUUGAACCAGAUUCAACAAGAGAAGGUGCGAGUAUCCAUGUGACACUGACUUUGCAAGAAAUCACAGGGAAAAAUACAAUGCUCCUUCCAAUAGGGGCAUGUGAUGAUGACGCUCAAUGAAAAAUGAGAUAAAAUGAAUUAUAUAAAUGGUACAAAACUAAUUGCGGCAUAUUUUCAUGAGGAUUCUUUAUUACAGUAAUAAUAUGGAAUGUAAUAUUGGCCACAUUGCAAUACUGUCUAUUUAACUCUAGUUAAUGUAUAACUUAGCUUUUUAAAAUGCGUAAAUUUCGCGCAAAUAUUGACAGUUAGACCAUGUACUAGUUACGGUACUGCGGUAUGUACAAUGAAAAUGUUUUGCUGACGGUGUAUGAUGCUGAUGUGUAUCUAAAUUGAAUUGCUUAGUAAACAAUCUUUUUAGUUUUUUAAGUCAUAAGCCAUUCUGCUGAAAUAACAAUUAUUUAUUGCGGUAUCGAUUAUGGCUGCGUUUGCGCAAACAAUAGCCUUUGGCAUUUUGCAACUUGUCUUAUGACAAAUUGCAUGUGAUAUGUUGUAAUACAUAACGCAACAUUGUUUUUUGUUCAUUUAUGCACAAAUAUGAAUUUUAUCAUGUGAUUCAGAAAUUUUUAGAAACAUCAAAGUUUUUUUUUUUUAAAUAACUUAUGUCUACUCAUUUCUGGCCUAAACUUUGCAUAUGAAGAGAUGCAAUUGCAAUAUACUCAUCUUUGGUUGUUCAGUCACCUAAAUACUGCGAAAAACCUUUUUCUUCUUUAUUGAAUUCUUUUCCAUUUAGUUGUUAGUCAUACUGUCUGGUGUCAAACCGCUAUCUACCAAUAUCUCUAUCGCAUUGAUCCAUUUUAGCAUCGAUAUCUCUAGAACCCAUCAUUAAAUUGGGCUUACAUUAGCAGAAGCCAUCAUUAUGGUCGAGACAAAAUAGCACUUUGUAAUGUGUAAUACACAAGUCUAGUACAUGCUAUAUACUGAUAUAUUUGUUCAAAUUCUAUGAAUGAACUAUAAAUAAAUCAUUCUGAUCACUUUGCUGGUUUAUUGCGCUGCUUUAAGGCAGUGGUCGUCAAACUUUUUGAGACGCGACCCCAUUCCAAAAAUUAUGACGUUUGAUAAGCUUGUGACGCCUAGGUAUGGCAAAGAAAAAAAUAUUUCAAACCACUAAGAUCUAAUCACACUAAAAUCUCAUUCUCAUUCACAUGCUUUAGAUUUCGUGUUACAAUUUAAUUAUUGCCGUCACACAAUAGCCUUAUUAUAAAAGAUAUCACUGUAAUUCAGAAUACCCAAACUUGCUAUGUAGUGCUAGUCAGCUCAGUGUAGAAUGCACGCAAUAGAAUAAUGAAAAAUAUAACAAGAAUACAACGCCGGACACUCGGCGACCUCCGAAAUAUUCAAGGCGACCCAACUUGGAGUCGCGACCCACACUUUGGUGACCACUGCUUUAAGGUAUCAAGGCUGUUUAGGUAAAAAAAGUAUAAACAAUUUAUGCAAAAUUAAGAUGAAAAUCUUAAGAUAUCAUUACAAUAUUUUCUACCUCUUUUUUCAUUUAAGGUCUUAAUAUUUUUACAG